UUUUUUGAAAUGUUGCUACAGUUAUGUACAAUUCGUAGUAGGUGUUAGCUAUGUAAUUUAAGUCAAAAAAUGAAUGAAUCAUUGUCAAUUUCGCACGUGCACCAAACCAACGACAUUAUCGAAUGGGGUAACGCGUUCUCUAUUGAUAACAACAACGUUGAGCGCGUCAUUGCUUUGGAGAAAAAUUGUUACGUCAUCCUCACAUUUGAGAAUUAGCUUGUACGUUAGUGAGCGAUGUAGCUACACACCUGUGUAGUUUAGAGUACAUAAUUGGAAUAACUUGUUGUCUCAUAUCUUGUUAUGGGUGUAUUCUUGACGCUAUUCUGUUGCAAAACGUUUCGUGAACGGGUGGGACUUACCUGCAUUUGUCCAAUUUGCAAUUGUUUGGACUAAUGAUGACACCCUAGGUUGUCUGAAUAAAAACAUUUGAUGAUAACUUGUGAAGUAGCAAUCUGCGUUGCCCAGCUAACGGUAACGUUAGUACCAGGAAUAGGCGACCGUUCCAAGUAGCUAGUAACGUUAGUGGUUAGCUGUACAAUAUAAUGGAAGUUAGCAACCCGCUUGGUCAAUAUUAGCAACGUUUUGCAGAAACUGACAUUAGUACUAAUAUUUUGCCUUUGAGAGUUGAACUAUCACAGUAAUACCGAAGAUACUGGUAACUAACCCUUCUUCUAUCUGUGAUACAGUAGUAGCAAGUUAUUCUGACUUAAUCCAUGUCACUAUAUCAUCUGUGUGUCAGUCAGUGUCUGUGUGUGUGGAUUUCUCUUUGCUUACUUUGUGUCACUCAAAAUGUAGGGAGCCAGUAUAUGGUUGCUAUGGAGAUGGCUGCUGAAGACAUAGUGAUUCAGGAGACCUUGGGGGCAGAGGUGGAGCUACUGGAGGAUAUGAACAAAGCCCACAAGAAGAGUCCACCGGCUACAUGGAGAAGUGGCACAGAUGGAUAGGGGAAACUGCUCGAGUCGCACGAAACGUUGGUAGCCAUGAAGUGCUUUUAAAGGCUGGUCAUGGCUCACAUCAACAUUAUCCUCCCGGAUACCCUAGACCCACUCCAAUUCGCAUAGCGCCCCAACAGAUCCACAGAUGACACAAUCUCAAUCACACUCCACACUGCCCUUUCUCACCUGGACAAAAGGAACACCUAUGUGAGAAUGCUGUUCAUUGACUACAGCUCGGCUUUCAACACCAUAGUGCCCACGAAGCUCAUCACUAAGCUAAGGACCCUGGGACUAAACACCUUCCUCUGCAACUGGAUCCUGGACUUCCUGACGGGCCGCCCCCAGGUGGUAAGGGUAGGCAACAACACAUCUUCCACGCUGAUCCUCAACACAGGGGCCCCUCCGGGGUGUGUACUUAGUCCCCUCCUGUACUCCCUGUUCACCCACGACUGCGUGGCCAAACACAACUCCAACACCAUCAUUACGUUUGCAGAAGACAAAACAGUGGUAAGCCUAAUCACCGACAACGAUAAGACGGCCUAUAGGGAGGAGGUCAGAGAACUGGCAGUGUGGUGCCAGGACAACAACCUCUCCCUCAGUGUGAGCAAGACAAAGGAGCUGAUCAUGGACUACAUACAGGAAAAGCCGGGCCGAACAUGCCCCCAUUAACAUCAACGAGGCUGUAGUGGAGCGGGUCAAGAGUUUCAAGUUCCUUGGUGGUGUCCACAUCACCAACAAACUAUAAUGGUCCAAACAUACCAAGACAAUCAUGAAGAGGGAACAACAAAACAUUUCCCCUCAGGAGACUGAAAAGAUUUGGCAUCGGUCCCCAGAUCUUCAAAAGGUUCAACAGCUGCACCAUCGAGAGUAUCUUGACUAGGUGCAUCACCGCCUGGUAUGGCAACUGCUCGACAUCUGACCGUAAGGCGCUACAGAGGGUAGUGCGUAUGCCCCAGUACAUCACUGGGGCCAAGCUUCCUGCCAUCCAGGACCUAUAUAAUCGGUGGUGUCAGAGGAAAGCCCAUAAAAUUGUCAGACUCCAGUCACCCAAGUUAUAGACUGUUUUCACUGCUACCGCACGGCAAGCAGUGCCGGAGCGCCAAGUCUAGAACCAAAAGGCUCCUCAACAGCGGCUACCCCCAAGCCAUAAGACUGCUGAACAAUUAAUCAAAUGGCCACCGGACUAUUUACAUUGUUGUGUUCAGCGAUUGUGACAGAUAAAGUUUGAUUUGAUAAAGGUGUGAUUAAAGUUCGGAAUGACAGAAUAUCAUGUGUAUUGCUGGUGGGGAGAUCCCCAGGUUUUCUGUGCCACGUCCGUUUUCCAUGCCAGAGGACUCGAGUGACGAUGAUUGUGACCUGUCAGGGGACAGCAUCUCUGCUUACGGCAUGCAUUCCAUGGAGCUGGGGGGAAAGUGCUGGGAAUGUGGCGUGCAAUUCAUGUCUGGCCAGGAGUUGAUCGAACACUUUGAGAGCCACAGGUCCAAGGUCUCAACGUCCUGCAACAUAUGUCAGGUGACUUUCAGUCGCACAAUAUCACUGGCUAAGCACUUAGUCAACGCACACCCAAACUUAGUCCUCCAUUGCAGUAACUGCCAGCUGCAUUUCAGCAACUUGUGGGAUCUCAACAAGCACAUUGGAAUACACUUGUUCACCGAUUUGUUAAAUACACCCCUUGAGGACAUCUCAAAUAAGGACUUGAAUAGCAGUGAAGAGACUUUAAAGGGACAGUAUACUCUACCUUCAGCCUUGGCCGUCAAACAUGAGGACAACUCAAAUGAUGGCUUGAAUGGCAGUGAGGAAACUUUAAAGGGACAUUAUACUGUACCUUCAGUGGUGGCUCUUGACCAUGAGGACACCUCAAAUGAUGGCUUAAAUGACAGUGAGGAGACUUUAAAUGCACAGUGUACUCUACCUUCAGCAGUGACCCUAGACCAUACGUAUAGCAUGGAAAGCAAUGGGAAAAUGACAAAGACCAGACAUAGGCUGGAGGAGGAGGAAGAUGUCAAACCAGACCCUUCCACUCUGACCCUAGGCCCCUCCAUUCUGACUCCCUCACUGAGGAUCCGUGUCAUACUGGAGAGAGGGGUUGAGGUUGAUGGCGCCCCCCUCCAGUCGGAUGAGGCUAUCAGCGAUGGAGAGGGGAGUGAACAUAGCGAAGACACUGAGAGUGCAGGAGGAACAGACAACGACAGGUUAACAGAGAGCAGCGGAGAAACUGAUAUCGAUGAGGAGGACAUCAUGCUGAGUGAAGAAGAGCAGGAGGAAGUUAAAAGCAAACGGGAGGAUAGGAAGAAUGACAUCCAGAGCGAAAAAGAGGACGAGGAUGCUGAGAUGCUUAUUGACCAAGAGGGUGAGCCUUCCUCGUCUGAGCGGGAGUCAGAAUUUGACCCAGAAGAGUUAUCAGAUUCUGACUCGGGGUCCAGCAGCACUGGGGAAUCCAGUGGGUCUUCUUACACUCCUGUGCGCACACGGAAAGCCAAGACCCGGCCAUCCCGGACUAAGCAGCCCCUGACCAAGUUGUCCCAGGUCAAGCCUUAUUAUUGCAUCUAUUGCACCAAAGGACCGUAUCAUAAUAUGGACUUUCAUGUGAAGACCUGCAAUAUGAAGGACUUUCAAUGCUCUUUAUGCCAAGCCGUCUUCCCUACCGAGAUGGCCAUGUUGGACCAUGAGGUUCGGACUCACUCUGAAGCCAUAUCGGGCCAAAUGUACACCUGUGAGUUCUGCCGUCAGGUCUUCCCCGAUCUGGCCAUCUACAAAAACCACAACUGUCUCAAAAAAAACACAUCCCCCCCAUAUGUCCCUGAUCCCACUACGUGUAUCCAUUGUGGAACCGGGCCAUUCACUAAUAUGGACGUCCAUUUGAGAGGCUGCAGUUGGAAAGGUCUUACAUGCACUGAGUGCAGGGUACUCUUCCAUAAUAGGAAGGCCCUGCAGAACCAUAACGUUUCAGUUCACGGACAGCUUUCCACUAUGUGUGCUGUUUGCGGCAGAGGGCCAUUCACUGAUAUGGACUUCCAUUUGAGGAGCUGCUCUAGGGAUUGGUCCUUCCAAUGCUCUGAGUGCAAAGUCCAAUUUCCUUCUGAGAAAUCCCUGGUGGACCAUAAUCUUCAAUAUCACAGUGCCACAUCAAAGACCUCUGACCAAGGUGUCUGUGUUUAUUGCGGCUGUGGACCAUUCACUAGUCUGGACAUCCACAUGAGGACCUGCUCUAAGCAGAAGGGCUUAAAAUGCUCUGUGUGCAAAGUUUUUUUUCCUACUGAAUCGGUCCUGGCUGAUCAUAUGGUUUGCUAUCAUAGCACCCCAUACCAUGUCCAUAGCACCCCAUACCAAGUCCAGAGCAUCCCAUACCAAGUCCAGAGCACAGACUCAGAGACCCCUGAAGGUACCUGUCUCUAUUGUGGCAGAGGUCCAUUCACUAGUCUGGAUAUCCACUUGAGGACCUGCUCUGGGAAGAAGGGCUUCAAAUGCUUUGUUUGCAACGUUUUCUUUCCUACAGAGACAGCCCUGGCCGACCAUAAGGUUCUCUUUCACAGUAUCCCAUCAGAGACCCCUGACAAAGGUACCUGUGACCAUUGUGGCAAAGGGCCAUUCACUAAUCUGGACAACCACAUGAAGACCUGCUCUAAGAGGAAGUGCAUCCAAUGUUCUGUGUGCAAGUUUUUCUUUCCUAGUGAUGUUCUGGCCAACCAUAUGAUUUCCUAUCACAGUACCAAAUCCCGAGUUCAGAGCCCAGUCACAGAGACGCCUGACAAAGGUGCCUGUGUCCAUUGCGGCAGAGGGCCCUUCACUAGUCUAGAACAUCACAUGAAGUACUGCAAUAAGCAGAAGGGUAUCCAAUGCAUUAUGUGUAAAGCUUACUUUCUUACUGAGGGCAGUCUGGUGGACCAUAUUGUUUUAGCUCACGCUGACAAGCUGGUCACCCAAGCUGGUGGGUCCUCCGCUACGACUUUCUCCUUCGUACCCAUGGCUAUCUCUACCACCUCAGGCCGGCAGAGCCCCAGUAGCUCCACCCUGAUGUGUUGCAGUAGUCGAAAUAAGGAGCUGAAACGACUGGCCCCAGUCCCUGUAGCUGAUCAGGGCCCCAAUGCAGUUGGACCGCUAACAGCUGCUGGACAGUCUACUGUGUCUCUGCCUAGAGUAAUGCUGUCUACCACCUCCUCUUCCCAGCCAGCUGUUCCUGUGGUGGCCACCUUGCUCUUUGACAACACUGGUGGUGGUCCAGCGAAAAUGGCCAGGCUGGUCCCAGUGGCCCCACAGACCAACCCUCCCAAACCUCAGGUCACGGCACCCAUGCAGACUAACACAGCAAAGCCCCUUGGGCAGUUCUCUAACCUUCUGCAACAGACUGUCCAUCAGGCAAAAUCUGUCCAACAGCAGACACCCAGGCCCAUUGCCCUAGCCAUGGACCCUAUCAGAUCCCCCAACACCCCAUCCCCUAGACCUGUCUCAGCCUCUGCCCCGGGGAAAAUCACCAUGAUCCACCUCUCACCUGUCCAUACCCCCCCUCUAGCGCAGUCUUCCCCCUUACCCGUGCCUUUGCCCCAGCCCCUCUAAGCAUCAUGUGUAUGUUUGUGAAUAGAAGUAAGGAGCUGGCCCUGGAGAAACGCAUGAAGAUGAGCUGGCGCUCCAAGUGCACCUACACCUGCCGCCAGUGCGGCGCCGUCUCGCAGCAGCCCUCGCUCAGUGUGAAGCACCGCUACCUCCACCGGGGCUCCCGGCAGUACCGCUGCCACUGUGGUAGGUCGUUCCUGCGGCGGUUGCACCUCCUGCGCCACUACCUCCAGCACGCCCAGGCCACCCGCUACAUAUGCACUGCCUGCGGGGAGACCUUCGACGGAGCAAAGUGCCUCGCACAGCACAUGGUUGGAACUUCCAACACGACUCGAUGUCCAGGUGACAGCAUAACUUUGAAGCUGAGGAAAGAGUGCCGGAUGCCCUUCUCCUGUCACUGUGGGCAGGUGUUUUGUAGGCCCGCUGCUUUUCUCUGGCACAAACUGAAAAACACCCAAAGGACUUAACACUGAAAUGGGCCCAAAGCAGGGCCCUAUUCAAAGCAGUGGUUUUUCCAUGGCUCACACAGACAGGCAAGCCUAUCAUUUACUAUGCUUAGGGAUAGAAGAGGACAAUGUAGUUUGUGGACUUGUUUGACUUUUUUCACUGUGAAUGAAAGAUGAUACCUUAUGAAAUAAUCUAUGUAUGUAUUGGUUUAAAAUGUGUUUUCACUUCCACUAAAACAUUGUUUUUACCAAAAAUACAAUCAUAUUAAAAUAAUAUAUUUGACUUGA